AUGGCUAAACAAGCAUUUGUUUACAUUUCGUUGGUGUUUUGUUUGGCAUUCCUUUCAGCCAUCAGCUGUGGGCCACUUGAUCACCUGCUCACGCUGAAACCUAAAGCAUCCACUUCAGUGCAACUGGAAACCGUCCGUGGACUGAUCCAACGUUUGUUGCCCAAACAAGCUCAUCUCAUCACUGUGAACAUUGACGAGCACUUCACCAGCAGUCGUCUCGAUAAGUUUAAGAUCGAAGCUGUUGCUAAUCACUCAAUUCACUUUACUGCUAACACGGGAGUGGCGGCAGCGAAUGGCCUCUACUACUACCUGCGACAUGUGGCCAACUGCUCCACCUCCUGGUCAGGCAAUCAGCUGUACCGGCUGCCUGUGGACGCUCUGCCGAUGCCCGCCAAAACCAUUGAGGUGGUCAUUCAGGACAAAUUACGUUACUACCAGAAUGUCUGCACGGCCUCCUACUCUAACCUCUGGUGGGACUGGAGCCGAUGGCAGGUGGAGCUGGACUGGAUGGCUCUGCGAGGCAUCAACCUGCCACUGACUUUUAACGGACAGGAGGCCAUCUUCCGCAAGAUCUUCACUGAGCACUUCAACCUGACCAGAGCACAGGUGGAGGACUACUUCAGUGGGCCGGCUUUUCUCGCCUGGAAUCGAAUGGGCAACAUUCAAAGCUGGUCCGGCCCUCUCACAGAGCACUGGCACAGUCAACAGGAAGCCCUUCAGAAGCUGAUUCUCGGUAGAGCGCGUGCUUUUGGAAUGUAUCCAGUGACGCCCGGCUUUGCCGGUCAUGUGCCUCGAGCUCUGGCGGUGCUUUUGCCCAAGGCAAAGAUUGACCGGCUGACCGACUGGAACAACUUUGGACUCAACUACAGUCACACUUACUUUUUGCAGCCUGAAGAUGAACACUUUGCUAAAAUUAACAAGCUUUUCAUUCAGGAGUAUAUCAAGGUUUACGGUUCUGAUCACUUCUACAAUAUUGACAUGUUUAAUGAGGAGACGCCAAGCCACAGUGAUCCUGAAUACUUGCACAAAUGCGGCAAAGGAGUCUACGAGAGUAUUCUGGAAGCUGAUCCGAGUGGUGUCUGGGUAAUGCAGGGAUGGCUUUUUGUGGACAACUCAGGCUUUUGGAAGCAGCCCCAGGUGAAAGCCAUGGUGCAGUCAGUGCCUAUUGGCAAAAUGCUCAUUCUCGAUUUGUUCAGUGAAAUACGGCCAGUCUAUUCUCAGUUUGAAGGCUACUACGGACAGCCGUUUAUUUGGUGCAUGCUCCAUAACUUUGGUGGCACAAAGGGGAUGUACGGAGCAGUAAAUCGAAUUAGUGAGGUAUUUUCUGCACGCAAAAAGUACAACAACAUGUUGGGCAUUGGAAUGACAAUGGAGGGUAUAGAGCAGAAUGAAGUCAUGUAUGAGUAUAUGAGCGAGGUGAUCCACCACCAGGCCCAGUUUGACGCUGAAAAGUGGUUUUCUGAAUACACAGUUCGCAGGUAUGGCCUUUUUGACAGUCAGAUAAACGAAGCGUGGCAACUACUUCGGGUCAGCGUGUACAACGAUUCUGUGGGCAUAUGGAACUUUGGGCAGUACGCCAUCAACAGACGACCACAACUGCAGCAUCAUUCGCCUCUGUGGUAUCACCCGGCCAAUGUCACUGCUGCACUAAAGUUGAUGUCCUCCUUCUUGAAUUCCAAUCCCUUCAUUGUUAACACUUCAGAGACCUUUGUCUACGAUAUUGUCGAUUUAAGUCGGCAAACCUUGCAGCUAAUAUUUGACUAUUACCGUGAAGAGAAGAUGUUCCCGCAGUUUAAUAAGCGGCAAACUGGUCAACUAAAAGCUACCACCACUGAAAUACUGCACCUUUUUGACCUGUUAGAGAGCCUUCUUCAAUGCAGCGAGCAUUUUCUCCUCAGCAGAUGGGUGAACAGUGCGCGGGCGCUUGGGAAUGACACCGCUGAAAAGGACUACAACGAAUGGCAGGCGAGGAACCAGGUGACACUGUGGGGUCCGAAGGGAAAUAUUAUUGAUUACGCCAGCAAACACUGGUCUGGCAUUGUCUCGGACUACUACAAGCCUAGAUGGGCGCUCUUCCUUCGCUCGCUCAUUCAUUCAUUAGAGACAAAUACUGCAUUUAAUCAAGACAAAUUCAACGGCGAUGUAUUCGCUCAAGUGGAAGAGCCUUUCACCAAGUUGAAGGGUGCUCAUUUGGUGGAGAAACCCCAAAGUCAACAUUUAGUUGCUUUAGUUAAUCAGGCGGUGGUAUUGGCUGACAAAGUGCCGUUCAAGUAA